ACAAAGAAAAAGAAACCCACAGGGAAUCAUUCAUACAACAAUACAUCACAUUUAACGCAGAAAUAACAAGUCUUAAUUUCUCUCUGCAUGAGUAACCAGCACUUUAACCCCCCAACUAUACCACCACCGAAACCACCGGAUCCAACGGACACGAAUACCUUCAUGGACGAAGACAUCUCAACCAGGCCAUCCUUCAAACAAAUACUGAUAGAAAAAAGCCCAGAUCUAAACGUCACAUACCACCAGCGCCCUGGCAAAGGGGUUGAAAGCUGUCAGCCUACCCACGAUGCUAUUCACCUCUCUGAUGAUGACAUCAGACGAAUCCAAGAACCAUGGCAACACUCACUGAUAAUCAAACUCUUUGGGAAGAAACUAGCCCAUCAAUACCUCAAAAAUAAAUUAGCUGUACUGUGAAAACCAACAGAGCCCCUCAUUCUCAUAGAUCUGGGGUGCGACUUCUACACGGUUAAAUUCGCUCAACAAGAGAAUACAAACAAAGUACUACAUCAAGGGCCCUGGUUUGUUGCAAGGAAAUUCCUAACCAUACAACAAUGGGUGCCUAGCUUUGUACCAGAUGAGUUCACGCUCACCCACACGGCAAUUUGGGUUAGAUUACCCCAAUUGCCGACUGAGUACUACGAUAGAUCAAUACUGGAGAAAGUGAGACAGAAAUUGGGCAAACUCCUAAAGAUUGAUGCGUGCACCUCAGGAACCCUUAGACGACGGUAUGCAAGGAUAUGUAUUGAAGUACCUCUGAACACGCCACUCUUAACCACCGUUACCAUUGAAACGCAUAAGCAGAAGGUAAUUUAUGAGGGAGAGGGGAUAAUGUGCAUGCGCUGCGGACACAUUGGUCACGUUAUGGAAAACUUACCCCAUCACCAACAGCCCUUCACCAGCAACCAGCCUCCAUCGGAAAGCAUCGACAGUGAAGAAUGAACAACGGUCUCCUUCUCAACAAGGAAGGCAAACCCCAAAAACACUCACAAAGUUGUGUCCUCACAGGUAAAGGAGUACAAUGCCCAAACAGGUACGUCCUCCACUCUUUUCACUCCUUCAUCUCCAGCAACGAUGCCAGAAUUAGUUCAGGCAUCGAUGCUAAUCCCCAUGGGUUCCAUCUACAAAACAAUGGGCCCAAGAAUGGCAAGAGGAAACAAAAGAAUGGUCUUGGCCCAAAAUGGAUUCCUCAACUCAGCCAAAUCACCCAACCUUCUCCAGGUCUUUUUCACAAUUCCCAGGCCCAACAAAGCAAGGCCCAAAAUCACUUGGGCAACAACAAUAAGGCCCAGGAACAAAACAAUAUUAACCUCACCCUUGUUGAGAAUCUAACACCAAAUCCUAAGCCAAAUCACCAAUUAAAUGCUGAUAUGACCCCAAGAGUUAAUGAGACCGGACAAUUAGAUAGUAAGGUCAUUCCAACUACAGGAAGUGGACCCGCCUCAAAGCCAAUCAUCUCUCACUCCCUCCCCUUAAACCACCCUGUAGCUCCUCUUAACCUUCAACUUCUGGUACAGAGCAAUCAUCACACUCCCAGUGGUGACUUGACGCUCCCCAUCGUGUCAGCUAACUUUUCUCAGCCAAAUACCCUAUCUAAGGAUACCUCCAUGGAAGUGGAUCCAUCCACCCCCAUCUUUACCACCACCCAACCUCCUCAACAUGGAAAAUCCAUAGAACUCUCCCCAACAUCUAAGCCCCGAACCCUCAAUCUUUGUAUCAACACCACCACCACAGAACCAUACACCAGCUUUAUGGUUGGAGCUCCUCCUGCAGGACAAGUCAAUCAUCCUGAACACGAUGCUUGGCAACCAACCUCUAGUGGUGGUUCUCCAGGACCCAGCUUUCCUGACACAAGUCCUCAAAGAUACCCUCAACUGCUCUUUGGAAAGACUAGGGACCCAAGUAUGGCUGCAAACACUUUUACAGCCAGACAUGAUAUCAACCAGCCAUCAAAUACCAUCCCAGGAGCUCAACUCAAUCUUCAACAAGGUGCUCCAAAACCUACCUUUCUUCUCAGUGAAUGCACCAAACACACAGAUUCCACAACCAACCUUUAUUCCUUGGCCAUUCUAGGGGAAUCAGGCACAACCACUAUCUCAGGUAGGGGAAGAAAACCCAGGAGAACCAGCAAACUCAAUUCUAGAACUGAUAGAGAAGCUAAAGAAAUCUAAUGCAGAACUGGAAACUAUAUUAACUACCUUUGGAGAACAAAAAAUAGAGACCUUCUAUUUGGACAAAAUGAUAAUGCUAGAAUUCAAAGAGCCUACCAACGAAGCUAUUAUAGUUUAUUGUCCAACCAUGAUGAGGAUGUGCACUCUGAAUUUAAGGAACCAGAUGGACCAUAUCCCAUCUGAAGUAGCCCUAAACCCACUGGGCUUGACCAUGGAUUUUUCCCAAAGGGCACUAGCCCUAACUCAGACUCCCCCAAAUAACCGCCUCCAUUCCCUUAUGAAUUUCAUUAUUUGGAAUGUAAAAGAAGCAAAUAGUGCAACUUUUAGGAGACAAUGUGAUACCAUGGUUAAGAUGCAUAAACCUGCAAUGCUUGUUCUACUGGAAACCAGUAUGGCUGAACACCUCAGCCUCACCAAAGCUUUUAACUUUGACGCUCAUAUCCAAUCCUCUGCUAUUGGUCAGUCCAGGGGGAUUGUCAUUAUGUGGAAAGAAAAUUUGUUGAAGCUUGACAACAUUUCCAUCACCCCCCAGGCCAUCCAUGUCAUGGUUAAGGAGAAGUGAUUCUGCCAUUGCUUAAAAUGGGAGGAAUUUUUCACUGGAUGAAUUGUCACGAGAAAAGAUCAACAGUUAAAAUCAAGAAAACUUUAGCAGAGGAAAAUCCGCAGCCGCUACACCCUCUGCCAUAGCCUCUGCCCUUCGGGUGAGCACUCUGUGGUGAGCACUGUGUGCGCACUGGGUAAACCCCCGAUG